GGCGACAUCACGUUCACCCACCCCAUCCUCCGACAUACUGUAUAGAUACAGCAGUCGACUGUCAGCAGUGUGGACAGUAUGGAGUAAUGAUUGCAGGCAUGCAAUAAUAUGCAAAAAUAAGAGUUGUCUGUGUAGCUACAGCCCUAUGAAUACUAGGUGACUGUCAGAUGUUAUAUCCUAACAUUAAAACAUCUGAAACGCGUGGGUUUAGACUCGGGGAGAGAGAGGAACACUGGAGAGGCGACCUGUCAGAACUGUGAGGGGGUGGAGCGUCAGCGGUUGCAGGGGUGGUAGCGUGUGUCAGGGAUCAAAUGCACUUUUUGAAUUUAUGAAAGGAAGCGUGUUCAAGCUAAAACAGGUGUUAAGUUGCUCUUUGAUCAUAUUGUGACCGCUCAGAUUCAUCAUGUGACCCAUCGGAGGGGUCCAGACCCCCAGGUUGGGAACUACUGCCUUAGAAGAUAGAAAUAUACCAAGAACUCACACUAAAAGCUAUUCACUGUUAGAGGAAGUGGGGUGUUGAAAAGGCUUCAGUCAUCCACCUCUCAGUAGUUCCUCAGUUGGAUGGUUAUAUGGUGGUUGGAUAUGUACAUUUCGGUGCAGCUGGCACUAUUAAAUUGCUAACCAGAUUGAAACCAAUUUCAGUUUGUCUGUUCAUCUUGUUGGAAAUUGUCCAGUCGCUCCACAUGGCCUGAUGCCUUCUCUGUGUGUGUGAAGGUGUUAUUGAACAAAGGUCUAAAAAUCUCACAACCUAUAAUUCUCCCAUAUCACCUUGAAAUAAAAGACCUCUAUGUAACUCUUGAUUGCCAAGCGUAUGGAAUAAUAAAUGAGCUACAGUACCAAACUGGGCACUUCUGCGUGGGCUUCAGAGUAUAAUCCCACUAUUUCACUGGUGAUAAGUGGCAGCUAUCAUUUUGGGGAUAUAGUAUUCGGGAACAUUUCUGCUUUUUAUGGUUCCACUCAUUCAUCUACAGUACUGCUGCGCUUUCACUUACUGCUCUUUGGAUUUCUGUUAUUGCUGUUUUUUUAGUUCUACAAAGUCUCCUAUCAAUCCUUCGAGAACAGAUCAUCUCUGUUCCCGCUGCUCACUGCAACAGAUGAUUUAUGUAAGAGAAGGAAGAUAUUUAUAAGUGUAAAUGUCUGUAAUGGUAUUACUUUAUGAAGCUGUGUUAGAUGUGACUGAAAGAAGAUGCAUAGUUUUGAGUGAUUGAACAAUGAAAAUGCCUUUUUUUAUGUUUGCCAGUUUUAUUUUCUCUAUUUGUACAUGUUCAGUUAUAAGCAGUGGUUGAAUUACAUUACAUGUCACCUUCUUAAAACAGUACCAACGCUUCCUAUCGUUAUUUGUCUGAGUGAACAUGUGAAUGAUUUUGUUCCCUACUGUCAGACUGUUUUUUUCAAGGGGCAGUAUCAUGAGUUUGUAUCAAAGUUGUGAAUCAGGAACAAGUUUCACACACACAUAGCCCUGUCACAGUUUCAGCUGUAAAACCACAGAGGGAAGCAUUUGCAUUUAUUUCACUGAAACUGGAACACACUACCUGUUGUUGUCCAGUGUCGCGUACAAAUUUGACUGGUAAAUGUGAUGUGUAAAAGAUGUUCCCCUUCAUUCAGUUAAACCCGGUUAGACCGGUCACAUUUAAAACCCAGUCAUUCUCAGGUUUUGUCUGUAAAACAAGACUUCAUUCUAUUGUGCUUUUAUAAAACACCCUCCCAUGGUUUGCAGACAAAGACAAUGAAUUUGAUAUCAACUCCCUGUUCCCACAUUCAUGUCUGUAUACCGGAAAUCAUCACUGAUAAUACAUCCAGGAAGUCGUAUUAUAUUGUGACCUCAUUUAUAGUGUGAGGGUGGAGAUCCGUGUACUGCACCUCCCUCUAAUGCAUGAUUACACAUUUUCUUGUUUGUGCAAGAGAAAUGGGGAGAAGUGGGAAGUGCACACCGGUGAAAGAGAUACCGUUUUAAAGAAGGGGAAACUCGCCUUUGCUAAAAUCUUGAGGCGAACCUUACGUGGGUGGUUGUAGCUCUUCUGCAGAUUCCUUCAUCCUCAGAGGGCGUUUGGACCGGUGUGACCGCCAUGACUUCUUACACAGUGACCAUUUCCACAGGGAGCCAGUGGUUCGCAGGGACGGAUGAUUAUAUCUACAUCACACUGGUGGGCACAGAGAGAUGCAGUGAGAGGACGCUGUUGGACAAACCUCUGUACAAUGACUUUGAGAGGGGGGCGGUGGACUCCUAUAACGUGAGGGUCGGGGAGAACCUGGGUGACAUUGUGUUGGUGAAGAUCGAGAAGAAGAAGUACUGGGUGCAGGACGACUGGUACUGCAAGUAUGUCACGGUCAAGAGCCCGUCUGGAGAAUACGUGGAGUUCCCCUGCUUCCGCUGGCUGGUGGAUGACAAGGAGGUUGUGCUGCGGGAUGGAAGAGCACAUCUGCCUCAGGAUGAUAAGACCAGCGUGGUCAAGCAGCACAGACAGAAAGAGCUGGACUCGAGGAAUAAAACCUUCAGAUGGAAGGAGUGGCAGCCAGGCUUCCCUAUGAGCAUAGAUGCUACCAGACACAAGGAUUUGCCCCGGGACAUCCAGUUUGACAGUGAGAAGGGAGUGGACUUUGUUCUGAACUACAGUAAGGCAAUAGAGAACCUGUGUGUGAACCAGUUCAUGCACAUGUUCCAGUCCUCCUGGAGUGACUUCGCUGACUUUGAGAAGAUCUUUGUGAGAAUCAAAAACACAAUCUCAGAGUAUGUGAUGCAGCACUGGAAGGAAGACUUCAUGUUUGGGUACCAAUUUCUGAACGGUUGCAACCCCGUAAUGAUCCAAAAGUGCACCAAACUUCCUGACAAGUUUCCCGUCACUCAUGAGAUGGUUUCUGUCAGCCUGGAGAGGGAGCUGACUCUGGAGCAGGAAAUAGAGGCAGGUAACGUCUACAUAGCAGACUACGAGGUGUUGGACGGCAUCAGUCCUAACCGCACAGACCCGUGUACGCUGCAGUACCUGGCAGCUCCGCUGUGUCUGCUCUACAAGAACUCCCAGAACAAGAUCAUGCCUAUAGCCAUACAGAUCGGGCAGACUCCAGGUGAAGACAACCCGAUCUUCCUGCCCACUGACGGUCAGCACGAAUGGCUGCUGGCUAAGAUCUGGGUUCGCUCGGCUGACUUCCAGUACCACCAGACCAUCACACACCUGCUCAGGACUCAUCUGAUGACUGAGGUGUUUGCUAUUGCCAUGUUCAGGAGGCUCCCUGCUGUUCACCCUGUGUAUAAGCUACUUAUCCCACACAUUCGUUUCACCAUCGCCAUCAACACCAAGGCCAGAGAGCAGCUCAUCUGUGAGUGUGGCAUCUUUGACAAGGCAAACGCAACAGGUGGAGGUGGUCACGUCCAGCUGAUCCAGAAGGGCAUGAAGUCUCUGACCUUCAGGUCUCUGUGCUUCCCGGAUCUCAUCAAGGCCCGUGGUGUGGACAGCAAGGAGGAGAUUCCCACCUACUUCUACAGAGACGACGGCUACCAAGUGUGGGAGGCUACCAUGAGUUUUGUGUCUGAUGUGGUGCAUAUUUACUACACUAGCGAUGAGGCGGUGCAGAAAGACGAAGAAAUCCAGGCCUUCAUUAAAGACGUGUGCAGCUUCGGUAUGCAGGACUUCGAUCACUGCGAGUUUCCCAAGUCCCUGAAAUCCCGCGAGGAGCUGAUAGAGUAUCUGACCGUCGUUGUGUUCACUGCCUCAGCCCAGCACGCCUCGGUCAACUUUGGACAGUAUGACUGGUAUUCCUGGAUCCCCAACGCUCCGUCCACCAUGAGGAAGCCCCCGCCCAACCAGAAGGGCAUGGCGGAUGUGAACUUGAUCAUCGACAGCCUCCCUGAUCGCGGCCGUUCCAGCUGGCACCUGGGCGCCGUCUGGGCCCUCAGCCAGUACCAGGAGGGCGAGCUGUACCUGGGCAUGUAUCCUGAUGAGCACUUCAUAGAGAAGCCGGUGAAGGCGGCCAUGGAGAGGUUCAGGAAGCAGCUGGUAGAGAUAAGCAGCUCCAUCAAGAAGAGGAACGACGGAAAGAAGCUGCCGUACUACAACAUGUCCCCUGACAAAAUCCCAAACAGUGUUGCUGUUUGAGGAAUGAAAUCAUGUCCCUACUUUUUUUUUGUUGCAAAUAGCACAUUGGAGUUCUGCUGAUAUUAUUGAGCCACCAAAUGUGCUGUUAGAAAACACUUUUGACACCCAAAUGUGUGAUUUUGAUACCUAUAUACAUUCAAAUGUGCUGACAAAAAAGCCAAUUUGCAAACCUCGACUUUGCUUCUAAAAAGAUUUUUUGUCACUUAUUUGGGUGAAAAUGGGUCAGCAAUUAAAAUGUUUUCAUUUAUAGCUGCAGUGAGUCAAUUCUUUUUCCAGGAGUGUAAAACUGCUUCACAUCUGAUAAUACUGAAACAACCUUUGCACAUAUUUUGCAUACUGUAUAUAUUACCAUUUAAAUUCAGAACACAUGGUUUACAUUGAAAAAGACACAAAAGCAUUAAAAGUAACAUAAUUUUUAUUUGGUUGUUCUUUUUAAUUCUACAUACUUUGUUCAAUAAUGGGAAAUUAAACACAUCAAUAUUUCUUUUAAAAACAUAAGUACUUUUACAAAUUCUUUACAGUUACUAUUCCAAAGUAAACUCACAGACAAACUCGUGGAAUGAUAUCAUAAGACAAGGGAACAGUCAUAUAUGUUCAAGUCCAGUCAGUAGUAAACAAAUGUAGCUUUAUGCAAGUUACACUAUUCCCAGACAUGAUCAAAUGUAAGCGACGGGGUGAA